AAGAAUUAUGGAACGGAGACAGUACCUCCUUGACCCUAUGACUACAACCACGACAAGAAUUAUGGAAGUACCUCCUUGACCCUAUGAGGCUAUGACUAUGAGCAAGUAACUCCUGCCUGAAGUUUACGAACCACUGAUGAACCCCUACUUACCAUAAGGAGCAAGAGGAGAAAAACCAGCUCAUUUUACUAGCUAGGGAUCUCUUGGAGAUCAACAACCAUUUGCUAUAAUCAAGUCGAGUACAAGACAAACAACCUUCCGUAUUAGGAGGCAUUCAUGUACUCACUCAUCUCAAUAGUGACAUAAACUGGCCUGUCUAUCGCUCAACCAAUCAUGCUAAUUAAUAUUCAUCGAUUAUAAGUAUCAUGCAUCCACACGAACCAAAACACAAGUCCACGGAUAUCUAAUAUACGUCCUGCAGCUGGUCGACUCCAGCUUAAAUUCUUCCAGGAGAAACGGGAAAUACUCUUAUUCAGGUUGGGUGAGCAUACUCUGUAGCUGCAGGCGAUGGAUGCCACUGCAGUGGCUGGGUGCUUCCGGGACAAGAUCAUCCUCGUCACUGGCUCAACUGGCUUCCUUGGAAAAUUGCUGGUGGAGAAGAUACUGAGGGUUCAGUCCGAUGUGAAGAAGCUCUACCUGCUGGUGUGUGCACCGGACGCUGCCUCCGCUGAGCAGCGUAUCCUGUCCCAGGUUCUUGGGAAGGAUCUGUUCAAUACCCUGCGGGAAAAGCAUGGGCUUGCUGGCUUCCAGAAGCUUUUUAAGGAAAAGAUAGUUCCUCUGGCGGGAGACAUCGGGGAUCGCAACUUCGGGCUCAACAGCUCCAGAGCUGACGCCCUGUGUAAGGAGAUCGAUGUUAUCGUCAAUGGGGCUGCAACGACUAGCUUUUACGAAAGGUACGAUGUUUCUUUGGCAUCUAAUGCAUUAGGAGCCAAAUAUGCAUGUGAAUUUGCAAAGAAGUGCACGAAUCUGAAAUUAUUGCUUCAUGUUUCCACUGCUUUUGUAGCUGGUACCCAAGGACGUUUAUUGGAGAAAACACUCCAGAUGGGUGAAACACUACGGCAAGGUUACUACUUGGACAUUGAAGCCGAGUUGCAGUUAGCUGAAAAGGUCAAGACUGAACUCAAAACGUCUAAGAGUGGUAGCUCAGACCAAUUGGAGAAGACAGCCAUGAAAGAACUUGGCCUAAAGAGGGCUUGCCAUUUUGGAUGGCCAAACGUAUAUACAUUUACCAAGGCUAUGGGGGAGAUGUUACUUGCGGAGCAGUGGGGAGACCUUCCUGUCGUCAUAAUUCGGCCCAACAUGGUGACCAGCACAUAUCAAGACCCAUUUCCUGGGUGGAUAGAAGGGGCAAGGACAAUUGAUGCUCUAAUUGUUGCCUAUGAUGAGCAAGCAUUCCCAUGUUUCGUAGGUGAUCGCAAAGACAUAAUGGAUGUGGUUCCUGCAGACAUGGUGGUAAAUGCAACCCUGGUAGCCAUGGUUGUUCACUGGAACCAGAAAGGGAAAGUUGUUUACCACGUGAGCUCAGGGCUCCAGAAUCCAUUGACUGGUUACGUUCUUGAGGACGCAUGUUUGGAUUACUUCUCCAUCCAUCCUCGUGUACUAGAGAACGGGAAAACCCUCCAAAACAGAAGGCCAUACUUAUUCAAGAGAUUUGCUUACUUCCGUGCAUAUCUGAUCCUGGUGUAUAAGCUACCACUUGAGAUACUGCAUGCAGUGAGCCUAUUAUCAUGUGGGUUAUUUUCAAAAUAUUAUAAUAAGCACAACCGAAGAUACGGUUUCUUGAUGCUCUUGGUCAAGCUGUAUACACCAUAUGCCUUCUUCGAAGGAUGCUUUGAUGACACGAACUUGACAAGGUUGAGGAAGGAAGUAAAGAUGGACGGCAGUGAUGGCAGCAUAUUUAACUUUGAUCCCAAAUCUAUGGACUGGCACACGUAUCUCUUGAAUGUCCACGUCCCAGCUGUGCUAAAGUAUGGCCGGAAAAAGAAGGGAAGUAUAUAGAGAAGAACGGAAUCUUCCUAUCCCUGAGAUAAAGGAUAAUCAUCUUUGUCCAACAAAAAAUUUAUAUCAUAGUGCCAAACAUUAUAAUUUGUAUGAAGUGAAGGACAUGCAAGAGUAUGAUCCCUCUGUAUGUAUCUAUAAUAUAUAAAUAAAUGUGAAAACAUGCGUCAGUCAGAUCAAUUCUGCCUAAGAAUUAGUCAUUUCGGCUGAAGGUACCAACCUGUUAGACCGUAGCCUGAUACAAAAUGUUGUUCUUGUCCAUAGAUAUGCAUCCAUGAUGGGUUUCUUCUUUGAUUUCCUAUUCCAGCAAGUUGUGUGUUGUAAUGGGGCAAGUGCAUGCCACCCUGUGUUGUAAUGGAGCAAAGCUGUGUGUUGAGAUGGGA